GGAUGAAAUAGCCGACGGGAACGUGGAAGCACUUGGGACGGUGUGCCUUUCUAAGAAUGGGUGGUAUAUGUUUUGCACGCACCUAGCGGCGGGACGAGACCCGAUGUGGAUUGUAGAGGAUGCCGAGCAGUUAACUUGGGAAAUGGGGCAGGAUUUUGCAAAUGAGGGGUGGGAUGAAGUGGGAAGCAGGGUCGUGAUGGGGGGAUGGGAGGACCUUAGGCUCCCCUACCAGUUAGUCCAGGUGAGGGUCCCGCAUUUUGUUGCGGACUGGUUCGGAGGGUACGAACAUAUCCGCGCCGUAGCGGAAUCCAUGGACGAGGUAGAGAUAGGCUUCGCCUGGUUAUCAGAUGCUUAUUACGAGGCGUCAUUGCGAUUCGGGCCGUUUCACGGGGACCGGGCUGAGGAAGUGGUCGAGAUCCUGAAGGAACUUAAGGACUACCGACUAGAGGUAGGAGAGGAAGUCGAGAAGGCGAUACUCCGAUGCGAGGGACUCUGGAGCCUGAGGGAAAGGGUGCUAGGAUGGUUUGACCCGGAAGGGAUCGCAAAGCCAAAAGGGCAACUCGAUYUUAGCAAGGAAGGCGCCGGUCCGAGUUCCGCGACAGGACCUGGGAUGAUUGAGGGAGGGCUUAGGAAGGUGGUGUCGUCCCUCACGCGUGCUCUAAGCAAAAACCAGGGAUACUUGGCCGACGCCAAGAAAAAGCUGACUUUCGAUGGCGGAAACAUCACCAAGUUCCUAAUCGAUUAUGAAAAUCUAGCAGCCUUACUAAGAUGGACUGAGGAGGAAAAGAUGGAGCACCUAGGCCAGCAUGUGUCACUCAACCUAGGUAGGGACAUAAUGGCAAUCGUCGCAACAAGCGGAUCAUGGAAAGAGGCCAGGGACGUGAUGAUGAGGAAGUAUCUAGCAAACGAAAAGAUGGCCACGGAGGCGGAACUGGCUACAGUGCAGAGGAAGAAUUUCGCAACAUACAGUGACUUCCUAAGGGAGUUUACUCUCGUAGCACUACGAAUCCCCGGAGUGACAGACCGAAUAAUGAGCAAGUACUUCCUAAAGCAGUUCACCGAGUUCGACAAAGAUAAAAUUAUGUCCGCCUACCAACAGACAGCAAAGUUCCUGAACACUAGAGACGUAGAUUUCAGCACUAUAACGGACAUUGCAGAGAAGAUGGUGGUGACCGACUCGUUGGCCCUGCUAAAAGAGGGAGAGAUCAUAGAUUUGACAGGCAAGACUGGAGACAAAGUGAAGAAAGGAAUCGAAAGCCUGCACGAGUGGGUCCACGGGGUUGACGGCAAGAUAGAGAGAGUAGAGAAUGCCUUACUAGUGAUGCAAGCCCAGGUCUUGCAAAUGCAAGCAGUACGACCCCCCCUCCCGCCACAAGAGGCAAUCGUACCGCCAGGGAUAGCCAACCACGGUAAUAAUCGAAAGGACCCGGCCAAUGAGCAGUGCAAGUACUGCACGAUAGUCGGGCAUUUUGUCCGCAUGUGUCCCAAGCUUAACCACGAUAUCAUCCUUAAAUGGUGCUUUAGAACUUUGCGCGGGGAAAUCCUGGGGCCACGGGGAGAGAGGGUAAACUGGAACUCGUCGGGAGGGAUGCGCAGAGCAGUAAUCGCACUUAACAACCUGGACGCAGCUACGGUUGAGGCCGAACCAAUAGAGGAACUUACCUGGGGACAGGCACCCGGGCGAGGGCACCAGGUUAACUUCAUCACCGAGAGUGAUGACCGCGACGGGGUUAAUGUGACCACCAGACAACGGGGUGCUACAAAGAACUUAAUUCAGGACGCGGUCAUGGAAGACGCACAAGAAGGGUCGAAUCUGCCAGCAGAUUCGGAUCAGGACAAAGUUUACGGGAAGCCUAGGGAGGAGGCGCCGGUAGACAAAGUAACAUCCGCAAAGAAGAAAUUCAGGUACCAGAUCCCUAUCCUUGCCGAUCCUGAGAUAGACCACACUCUUAGCCAGUUGCUAGGGACCAUGGUAUCGGUUUCCUUCCAGAACAUGUUGCAAGCUAGUCCUAGACUACUAAAGGGCCUAAGACAGCUGCUAACAAGGCAAAGGGUGGAAGUAGCGGAGGAACCGGAUGUACGCGAAGAAGGCAAGGAAGAGGAGCCACCGCGGGAAAUGGCAAACCUUCAGAGGGCCCCCGGGGAUCUGGAAGAUCUAGAGAAGGCCUUCGCAGACAUCCGGCUAAGUCUGCCAGACCGGGAAGGCGGAGAAGUCAUGAGGGCACCGUCUGGCACGAAACUGAGUUUCCAUGCGCUACUGGUAAGGAAACUGAAAGUCCAGAUUGACACCCACCAUACGGAUGCACUGGUAGAUGGCGGGGCAGAAAUCACACUUAUUCGCAAGGACUUUGCAACAAUUGCUGGGUGUCCAAUCAAUCGGGAGGUCACGGGGAGUGUCCGGGGAGCAGGUGGGGAAAUCCCCUUUUCCGGCUAUGUUACCAAGUGCGCAGUUAAAGUCGGGGUUAGAGAGUCUAUAUGGUCGUUCCAACGAAUGACCGUCAUGGACGAAAUGAACCAUGACGUGAUCCUCGGGCGCCCGUGGUAUGCGAACGUAGAGAUGAUCGGGAUGCAUCUGCACGACGGCGCCUACAUGGCAGACAUAGAGGACCCGGUGACAGGACGAGGCGAGCUGCUUCGCCUUAUGGGAACCGGGGGAGACACGCCAAAAGGGAAGCUCGCAACCUGGUCACCCUCCUUUGAGAAGAGCGCUGGAAAGGGGGCUUUCGCACGCAUGGAAGGGAUGAGAGAGAGGGUGAAAAUUAUGAUCGAAGAGGCCUUUUGUAAGAAAGAAUGGAUCAAGAUAGGACUCCUGAUGAAGAAACGUAGGUCAGACGAAGACGCCCUAGGAGUCAUGGUAGUAGAGAAGGAAACAGAGGUGGAAUUGGGAGCCAGUUUGCCCAAGCACGGGGAGAUCCGGGACAAGAAGGAUAAGGUCACACUAGAAAUCCUGGACUUACUGCAACUUGUCAGAGCAAUCAGGUACCACAAAGUGGCCGUUGACCCGGCCGCCCUCGCCCGCUUUGAGGAGAGGAUCCAAAAAGGCUAUUGCCUAAAUGGGGAGCUGGUCAGUAUUCAGCCCCGCAUUGUGGAAGCCCCGCAAGCAACUCCAGCCGUUCAUUUUUUAGAAGAAAGAUCCAGGAAGGAAGCGUUCGGAGGUAUAAGCCAGUAGGAAAGAAGGCGAAGCCGGUCUUCAUCCUACUCGAGAUGACUAAGGAGGAGGCCAUGGAAAAUGAGGAGGAGGUUUUUCGGGUACUUAGAGAAAGGAGGGUGGCGGAAGGACAUAGGAUACCGGAUGAGGUGGCCCAAACCAUGAAGAUCGGAGUAAAGGGUUUUCUGACGG